CUUCCCUAUGUUGCUAAAUAUUAUAGAGGAAUCAGGCUAAAUGAGCAGGAACCAACGAGAGAGAAUCUUCAGCUUUGACCGUAACGAGUUCUACAAGAACCCAGAUAAAGGAUUUGAUGUACCCCCUCUGUGUUUUGAGCAACUUGACCAAAAUGGCUGGACUACCUUUGCCAAAGCUAUAUUGACCAAGGAGAAUGGGCUUCAAAAGUAUGUGGAGUAUGCCAAGAAGCACAAAAUGGGGAUCGCCAAGAGAAAAUUAUUCGCAACCUAUGAAAAAUAAACCAACCAAGAAAUUUGUGAAGAUAAGUGAUGAAAAAGAUACCAAGCUUGAUAAAUCUCUGCAAAGCAAGAGAGAGCAUAGUCAGAAGAAACCUAAGAAGAAAUCCUUGCCGAAAUUCAUUUCCCCUAAAAAGAAACUAUGAAAGAAGAGAAACCACUUGCAAGAAGAAAAAGAGCGUAUUAAAAAGAUUCAAAAGAGAAUGAUUCAAGAUAAACAGCUAGCUAAAUAAGUCCAGGAUGAAUCUACUCAAGAAAAAUUAUAACAAAACAGAGCCCAGAGUCUCUCCUGUUAGAAGUCCUAGAUCAGUGUAUUAUAUGAGCGAUAGACUCAACACUCUUGCUCAGCCAAGAGAGAACCAGAAAGAAAAUAGCACUUCCGUAAUGGAUCAAACCAGAAGUCAAUCAAGAAAUUCUCCCCAAACCAACAAACUCGAGUCUAAGGAUGAUGCUGCUGAUGGAGAAUGUGAAGAAGAGGAUGAAAUAAAGCAGUCUCCAUCUCUCCCAUACCUAUACCACAAAGAUAUGGAAUAUUGUUCAGGCGACCCAAAACUCUCCUCACACAAAGAUUCUCACAAAGAUUCUACCUCAGAACCUCUGCUAGAGCCUACGAAAAUCAAGAAACUCAGAGCUGAAGCCAUGAAAAUGAUUUAUUCCAAACAUUAAUCAAUGCAG